UACAUACAUACCCACAUACGCGAAGGCGCAAGUGCGAAAUCUAACAACAACAAUGUUGCCUGCUCGGUAGCAAAAUGACAAUAAGAGAUGCUAAGAGAAUGUUUGCUUUGGCAUGUGCAGUGCGUAGUUGUAUGAAUUGUACAUACAUAUGGGACAUACAUACAUAUGCAUGCGCUAAGGCGCUAUCUACGAUUUGACAUGCGCUCUCUUCUAUGUUGUAUAUUCGUACGUAUAUGUAUGUACGAACUAAGGAACACUGCGCUUUGACAUGUGCACUCUACUUUGUUUUAUACAUACUCUACAUAAAUACUUAUAAAUAUAUAUGGGCGAAGACGCAAGUGAAAAAUAUAACAGAAAUAUUGUUGUCGGCGUUAUUUUGAUUAGAAGUGUUAUUGCGUUAGGUAAGCUUUGAGUCAGUUCAGUUUUCUUCCAAAAGUCAAGGCGGCUAUUACCAGCGAAUACAUACAUACUACAUCGAAUUUCAGUGCAGAUUCAGAUUAAUUAUUAAAAAUAAAAUGCCAAACCAAAGGCGAAUUAGACGAAAAAUGAGUUUAACAGGUCGAAGAGAAGAGAGCCGUAGUCAUACAGGAUCUAUGGCAAGUUAUUUCAAAGCUGCCCUAAACUCCGUAGUUCUUCCGGAGUAUAGUUCGCUUGGGGGUUUGACUAACAUAUGUGUACACUGUAAAGCAAAACAUUUCAGAAGUGAAAAGGUAAGAAAUGGCUUUACGACAUGUUGUCAUGGCGGAAAAGUUAAACUUCAAGAAUUACGUAUACCUGAGUUUUUGAAAGCUGUGUUAGAAAAUGAUUUGAGCUCUUGGCGGGGACACUAUUUGGAGAAUAUUCGGCAGCUAAAUAGUUCGUUUGCUUUUGCAUCAUUCGAAGUGAAAAUUGCGGAGCCUACAGGGCGCGGACCAUAUUGCUUCCGAAUACAUGGAUCAAUAUAUCAUAGGGUAGGUCCAUUGCAUGCAGAUCAUCCUUCAGAAUCCUCCUACGCCCAGCUGUUUAUUCUUGACACGGAUCAAGCAACUGAUAUAAGGGCACAACAUAAUUCAAACUGCGAUAGAUAUUUGCUGAGAGAAAUCCACGAAAUGCUUUCAAAUAUUAACCCCUUGGCAAAUGAGUAUAAGCAUAUGGCGCAGGUUGAACGCGAAGAGGAACAGAGGGCCAGAGAAGAAAAUCGCAAUGCUCGCCGAAUUAGCAUGCUACUUUUUAACAGCGCUGAUCGACGUUAUAAUUUGCCAAACUGCUCAGAAAUUGCGGCCGUUUUCACAACAGAGGAUGGUGAACCACCUGGAAAUCGAAAUUUGCGAAUAUUUUCACGGAAAUCUGAUAUGCAGAAUUUAUUAUUUGUCUCAACACUACAUAGGUUGUGUGAUCCAUUAGUAUAUCCGCUUUUGUUUCCAUAUGGCGAGUCAGGAUAUGAUGAAACUCUUCUGCAUGAACAGGGUCAUCGAACGGAAUGUAGAUUUAAAUUAACCCAACUGCAGUUUGUUGCUUACCGUAUGGCGAUAAGAGAAGGUUUCAGCUUGCUUCAUGUGUCAGGUAAACUUUGGCAACAGUAUUUAGUUGACCAAUAUGUCAGAAUUGAAGGAGCACGUCUGGCAUUUCUGCGAACUCAUCAGAAAGAGCUACGUGUUGAAACAUAUGCUGGUUUGCAUGACUACUUAAUGCGUGGUGCAAAAAUGGAAAGUGUUCGUCCUGGUCGUAUAGUUGUACUUCCUUCAAAAGUUUUGUUGGCUCCCCUCGAAAUAUGAACAUGCAUUACCAAGAUGCUAUGGCUAUGGUCAAGGGAAACAAAUUUUAUUGCCCCGUAUAAAUUUACAGCCCAGCGAAUCAACACUUCCUUUUAUUUUAAAGCGUCGCCAAUUUCCAAUAAUUGUAGCAUUCGCAAUAACAAUAAACAAAUCUCAAGGGCAGACUCUAGCAAGAGUUGGUGUUUUCCUCAAGGAGGAUUGUUUUACGCAUGGCCAGCUGUAUGUCGCAUUGAGUCGAGUACGAUCUUCUCAAGAUAUCAAAGUUAAGACUUACGACCAAAAUAAAACCACUACGAAUGUAGUUUUCCAUGAAGUACUUGAAUAAAUUGAGUUUUUAUAAAAAAAAAAAUUGUUUACUUUUUUCAUUUUAAAUAACGGAGUCCCCCGAUUAUCGGGGGUUAUUACUAGUUAUACUUU